AUGUGGCUGCUGCGGGGCGUCUUGCUGUGUCUUUCUUUAUCCCUGGCUUUGAGCCAGCAUAAACCUGAGGCCCCAGAUGAUGCUGGCGUGCUCCACUGUGGGCCACGGAGCUUCCAGUUCACUGUAAGCCUUUCCCUCCAGGAGGAAGAGAGUCCCCCCGUGUUCGUAGCUUGGGACAGCCAAGGACUACUGCACAGGCUCCAGAACGACUCUGACUGUGGCACCUGGGUCAGGGAGGGCCCAGGCAGCUCCGUGAUGUUGGAGGCAACCUACAGCGGCUGCUAUGCCACUGAGCAGGACUCCCACUAUGUCAUGCCAAUUGGACUGGAAAGAGGAGAUGGGGCUGGACCUGAGAUGGUUACAAAGCGUCAUCUGCUCAAGUGUCCUGUGGAUCUUCUAGCCCAGGAUGCUCCCAGUGCUGACCAGUGUGACUCCAUCCCAGUGGUGGACAGGCUUCCAUGCACAACCUCACCCAUCUCUCAAGGGGACUGCGAGGAGCUCGGCUGCUGUUACAGCUCCAAAGAGGCGAAUUCCUGCUACUAUGGAAACAUGGUGACCCUGCACUGCAGUCAAGAGGGCCACUUCUCCAUCGCUGUGUCUCGGAAUGUGACCUCGCCCCCGCUGCUCAUGGGUUCUGUGCACUUGGCCUUUGGGAAUGAUAGUGGAUGUAACCCUGUGGUGACAACACAGAACUUCGUCCUGUUCCGGAUUCCCUUUACUUCUUGUGGUACUAUAAGACAGGUCACCAGAGACCAAGCAGUAUAUGAGAAUGAACUGGUGGCAACCAGGAAUGUAAAACAUGGGAGUCGUGGCUCGAUCACCCGUGAUAGCAUCUUGAGGCUCCGAGUCAGCUGCAGCUACUCUGUAAGCAGCAGUUCUCUCCCAGUUAAUAUCCAGGUCUUCACUCUUCCCCCUCCCCUUGCUGAGAUCCAACUUGGACCCCUCACUUUGGAACUUCAGAUUGCCAAAGAUGGAAACUAUAGCUCUUACUACACAGCUGGUGACUACCCAGUGGUGAAGGUGCUCCGGGACCCCAUCUAUGUGGAUGUCUCCAUCCUUCACAGAACAGACCCUUACCUAGGGCUGCUCCUACAUCAGUGUUGGGCCACACCUGCCGCAAACCCCCUGAGUCAGCCACAGUGGCCUGUGCUGGUGAAUGGAUGUCCCUACACUGGAGACAACUAUCAGACCCAGCUGAUUCCUGUCCAGAAGGCCUUGAAUCUGCCAUUUCCCUCCCACCACUGGCGCUUCAGCAUCUUUACCUUCAGCUUUGUGGACCCUGCGAUGGCAAAGCAAGCUCUCAGGGGACCGGUGUAUCUGCACUGCAGUGCGUCCGUCUGCCAGCCUGCGGCGAUGCCAUCCUGUAGGGUGACCUGCCCUGUUGCUGAUCGAAGAAUUGCUAACAUCCAUCUUCAGAACGGUGCUGCUAGUGUCUCCAGCAAGGGCCCCAUGAUUCUACUUCAAGCCACUAAGGACCCUUCUGAAAAGCUCCAUAAAUAUUCAAGUAUUCCUGAAGAUUCACAAGCUCUGUGGGUGGCAGGCCUUUCUGGGACCUUAAUCGCCGGAGUCUUGUUAGUAACCUACUUGGCUAUUAGGAAACGGAGAUGA